AUGCCACUGACUGCAGCCCAAAUACAAUCACUGCACGACUCACCAGACCCAUUUCCCAGCCUCGGGGAUGACAGCGCAUCGAAGCCCACAGCGAAAGCGAAUCAGAAGGAAAAUGUUGAUAUGAGCUCAGAAUCUGCAUUUCCUAGUCUACCAGCAGCAACGCCAAAGCAAUCUUUAGGCGCCUGGGCCAAACCUGUAAUACAGAGGACGCUCUUCCAAUCAACAUAUACUAUUCCACAGUCACAAGUUUUGGCUGCGUUGAGCAAUCAAAAAUCAAGGCAGGCACCAAAAUCUACGUCUGAGUUGUUCAAGAAAGUUUCCAGCACUUACAACGUAAACGUGGACAGUUCAACGACCUCACAAACUAAGCAAACAACAUUUUUAGUGAAGGGACAGUCACAAAAAGCUGUGAAUGAAGCGAUUGCUUAUUUAACGACCAUUUUAUCAGCUAGAAUCACCAUCACUAUUAAUAUUCCAAACUCAUCCAGAGCUCUGCUUAUUGGUCCAAAAGGUUAUACUUUAAAAUCCAUUACUGAUUCUACAAAGACUCGUAUUCAAGUACCACCAAAGCCAGCUGUUGAUCAAGAAAUCAAACCUUCUAAUCAGGACGAUUCAGAUGACGAUAGCGAUAAUGACUAUUCAAUUCCAAUCACUAUUGAAGGUCAUGAAGGAUCUAUUAAGCAAGCACAACAGCAAGUUUACGAUAUCAUUUCACAAGUUAUCAGGUCAUACACAAAACGUAUAACAACUAUUCCAACAUCAUUUUAUCCUUUAAUAGCAUUAAAAUCUUCUCAAUUAGAACAACAACUCCAAAUUACUAUAUCAAUUCCUUCACAAGCGAGAUUGCGCGCUAUUGCUCACCAAGCUGUUGGUGAGGAAUCAGAAAUUUCUGAACAAGAGCGUACAAAGCAAUCUGCAAUUCUCCUAAAAGGUGAAAAGUCUUCAGUGAAAGCGGCAAUUCAAUCAAUUGAUAGAAUUUUCAAUGAUUGUCAACGCACUACUAAAACUAUCUCCAUUCCAAUACCAAAACGUCAACAUCGUACUUUAGUUGGUGCAAUCGGUGAUGAAAUUUUAGAGAAAACACAGUGUAUUGUCGAGUUACCUGCGGCAGAUGACAUUUCUGAAACCUGCACAAUACGUGGUCCACAAAUUAAAUUACCUGCUGCAUUACAAUUAGUAAUGGAGAAAGCUAGUGCUUUAGCUGUUGAAGUUGUUGAUUUACUUUCAAUUCAUAGAGUCAAAACUGACUUAUCGUAUGGUGUCAACGUUUUAAGAUACCUCUUGCGUGGUGGAAAAUUAAACAAGAUUGCGGACAAUCACCCAGGCGCAAAAAUUUAUCCGCCUAGAUAUGCAUAUAUAGAGAAAUCACAAUCAGUUAUCAUUGAUAUCGUUAGCUCAGACGUUUCAAUAGCAAUUAGUGCAAGAGAACAAGUAGAGAAGCUUGUAUUAUCAAUUCCACCAUCAGCUGUUAAAUCAGUAGAGAUUGAUCACCUCCUUCAUCGUCAUUUGGCUGGUAAACAAUCACGUCAAUUUGAAGAAAAUAAGAAGAUUACUUUAUUAUUCCCACAUGAAUCCGAACAGCGUGAUGAUAUUGGUUUAAUCUAUACUGGCUCUUCUGAUUUAGGAUUAGAAGGUAAAGCGCUCACCAACAAAAUUGAUGAAAUUAUUCAAGAUGGUGUUAAUUCAUUGAUGAAUUUAGCCAAGGCAGCAUCAAACAUUACAAUUCAGAUCGUAAAUGUCGAUCCAAAGUUCCAUAAAUCGAUUGUCGGUCCAGGUGGUACAACUCUUAAUGCGAUUAUCGGUCAAGAUAAUUUAGUUGAUGUUCAACUUGGCACAAGUAAAUCACCUAAUUAUAGUAAUAAGAAGGAAAUAAAUGAAGAUGAAAUAUCAGUCCGUGGUCAAAAAGAAGAAGUUGAAAGAGUCGUUGGUGAACUUCAAAGAAUUGCAAAUGAGGCAGAAAAUCAUCAUAUUGUUUAUGGUCAUGAAGCUGAAAUUUCUAUUAAUAACCAAUAUGUACCUCACAUUGUUGGUAAGAAUGGAUCAUCAAUUAGCAAAUUGAGAGAAUCACUUGGUGUACAAAUUGAUAUUACACAAAAACAAUCAAACGAUAAUUUGAAGAAGUCACCACAGAAAGCAACAGUAAAAAUAACUGGACGCAAAGAAAAUGUCGAAGAAGCUAAACGUAGAUUGAAUGGAUUAGUUGAACAGUUAGCUGAUCAGACUACUGAAAAACUUAAUAUUGCACGCCAAUAUCAUGCAUCAUUGAUUGGUACAGGUGGUAAAUAUGCUAUUAGAUUAGAAGAGAAGCAUGCCGUUAAGAUUCUAUUCCCAAAAUCAUCAAGUGAGGAUGAAUCUUCAGAUUCUGUCACUGUUAAGGGUGGAAGAAAAGGUGUUGCAGCAGCUAAAGCGGAAUUGCUUGAAGCUUUAGAGUUUGAAAAGGAAAAUAAUAACACUUUGAAAAUUUCAAUACCAUCAUCUUCAAUUGCAAGAAUUGUUGGUAAAGGUGGACAACAGAUCAAUGAAAUUAAAGAGAACAGCGGUGCUCAAGUAGACUUUGAUAGAUCAACGGAAAUGCAACAAAAAGUAACGAUUAAUUUAAGGGGAACUAAGAAAGCAAUUCAACUCGCUAAAACUGAGAUUUUGACUAUUAUAGAACAAAUUAAUUCGCAACAAAUAAUUAAUAUAGAUGAUAUUGAAACUAAAUAUCACAAGUCAAUUAUUGGACAAGGUGGUAAUAAAUUACGUGAAAUUAUUGAAAAGGCUGGUGGACCAGUUGAUACACAAACUCAAUCUGGCAUUGUUCAAUUCCCAAAGCUGAACAUUAAUUCAGAUAAUACUGGAAUAGUUAUUAAAGCAGAAAAAUCUCUUGCCCAAUCAAUUGAGAAAGAAAUUAGAUCAUUUGUUGCUGAAUUAAGUGACAGAAAGACCUUCGGUGUUGUUAUACCAACCAAUCUUCACGGUGAUAUGAUUGGUAGAGGUGGAUCAAAGUUAAUUGCAACACAAAAGGAGUUUAACGUUAACAUUCAUUUCCCUGGCUCUCGUGAUUACAACAACAUGGACAAACCUUUAAAUAUUGAAGAGUUGAAUGGCGCUGAUGCUUCAACAAUCGUUAAAGUUACAGGGAAAUCCUCAGAUGUCAACAGUGCUAUUGAAGAGUUAAAGAAGAGAUCAACUGUUCUUACCAAGGUCGUCACAGUACCAUCUAAGUACUACCAUGGUAUUAGUGACAAUGGUAGAUUCUUCCGUAAUCUUAGAUCAUAUGGCGUCACAAUUGAAGUUUCAAACAUACCAACAAAAGAGGAUAGUAAAAUACCAUCUCCAUCAAAUUUGACUCCACCAGAGGCAGUAUCAAGAGUAGAUGUUGACGGUGAAGAUACUAUUGCCCACAGAUGGGAGACCUAUGAAUUGAAUACUAGUGAAGACGACAAUGAUUCUGAAUGGAAGAUUCAUGGAAAGGAUGAAGGAUCACUCGACAAAGCUGUUAAGGCUAUUAAUAACGCAGUAGAAAAAGUCAAGAAAGCAGAAUGCGUCGGAUACCUACUUUUGCAAAACAGGUCAACAUUCCCACGUAUCGUUGGAAGCAAGGGAAGUGGAAUUGAGCGUAUUAAGAAUGAAAGUGGAGUACAGUCACUUACUGUGUCAAAAUCUGACAUACCAUUAAUCACAUUCAUUGGUAAGUAUAUUCAAACGAUUUAA